AUGCCAGCUGGGUUGUCAGUGGCCGUUUUAGUGGUUACAUGGGCAGAGACAUGUGUCGGUCUGAUAUUUCUGACGCUGCGCUUUUUGAGCAGCUGGAAGUUUACCGGCCGCUUUCGAUGGGAUUUUUGGAUCGCAACGCUAGCGGUGGCAACCGAGGCCGUCGCCCAGAUCUUUCUUCAACUGUCAGUCAACGCAGGCAUGGGCGACCACGCUGCGGAGUUAUCAGAAGCGAAUUUAGUCGAAGCAUUGAAAUGGGGUUGGGUGUUUCAACUGCUAGCUAUUGCCGCAAGUAUGCUCGGUAAGCUAGCAAUCCUGGCAUUUCUGAUGCAGCUUCGCGGCCGGCAUUUUUCCAAACCAUGGCUAUUGAUUAUACUUGGUUUGCUGAUAUUUUCGAUCAACAUCACUGUGAUGGGAACAAUUCUUGGCCAGUGUUCCCCUAUGGAGAAAUUGUGGAAUGAUGAUCUUCCAGGGACAUGCAAUCCAGGACGCAAGGUGAACCAGAACUAUUCAUUUUUUCAAGCUAGUUUCAACGUUUUCUGCGACGCUGCGUUGGCUACAUACCCGGUCCAUCUGUUCUGGAGUCUUCAGAUGAAGUGGCGAAUCAAAGUCGCACUCUCUACUCUCAUGGGUCUAGGAUGGAUAGCUGCAGUGUGCUCCGCGUUCAAAUGCUACGAAUUAAGGACUCUGACCAAGACCAAGGAUGUCACUUACGCUCUGUCCCGGCUUCUCAUUUGGGCUUCAACCGAAGCUUGGAUUGUGAUCGUCGUCGGCUGCGUUCCGCCUAUUAGACCUUUAAUGGAAUGGGUCCUUCAACAUCUCGGCUUCACCAACAAGGAAAAUUCAUACCGCCACAAUGAUCAGAGGCCCAGUGCCUACGCCACUUAUGGUAGGAAUCAGUCACAUGUUAUUAGCCACUCAAACUAUCAGAGAGACCGCAAAACGCUCAGGCCCGGAGCGGAUGAGUUGGAGUGGGUGGAACUUCCAGAUAGGAGGAUUUCAAGUGACAGCAAAGGUCAGAUUCUGAAUGAUACAGACAUCAUCGUGACAACAGAAUUCAGAACACAGUUCGAGGAGCACGAGCCUCCUCACCCUAGAUCCUCUCGCGGAAGCCAGACUUCGGCCGAGUGUGGGGGUGUUCGAGGGCCUAGCACGGAUACUAAGAAUGUGAUUUAA